GCGUGGACUGCCUCUCAGCUGUGUAACCCCAUGAUGGCGCGCCCGCUCCGCUUUUGGGAAUCCUCUCUUUUCGCCGCCUUCCUCUUUAGGCAAACCGGUGGUAGAGCUGCAAAGAGUACGUGUUACACCAUCAGGCGAUUGAGUACCCAGCCGGCCAGACUUCCCAGAAUGGAUUAUCAGGAUGCAAUUUGUACACUCAACACUCUUCAGACUAAUGCCAGCUUCUUGGAGCAAGUCAAACGUGAGAGGGGUCAGCCACAGAUGCAGCUUGAAGCAAUGCGACUCUUUCUACAGCGUGUUGGCUUGAAGGUGGAAGACUUAGAUCAGCUCAAUAUAAUUCAUGUGACUGGGACAAAGGGAAAGGGAUCGACAUGUGCAUUUGCUGAAAAAAUUCUUAGGAACUAUGGGCUUCGCACUGGAUUUUAUAGUUCUCCCCAUUUGGUGCAAGUAAGAGAGCGAAUUCGAAUAAAUGGGCAGCCAAUCAGUAAAGAGCUCUUUACAAAGUACUUUUGGCAGGUCUACAAUCGACUAGAAAAAACUAAGGAUGCCCACUAUGGUACAAUGCCAGCAUACUUUCGCUUUCUCACCUUGAUGGCAUUCCAUGUGUUUCUACAGGAGAAGGUUGAUUUAGCAAUAAUAGAAGUUGGAAUUGGCGGCGCCUAUGACUGCACCAAUAUUAUCAAGACACCAUGGGUUUGUGGAGUAAGUUCACUGGGAAUUGACCACACAAGCAUCCUUGGAGAUACAAUUGAAAAGAUUGCAUGGCAGAAGGGGGGGAUAUUUAAGCUUGGUGUCCCCGCAUUCACAGUGAAGCAACCUGAAGGCCCAAUGAGAGUACUAGCAGAAAGAGCCCAGGAGAUUGGGUGCCCUCUACAUGUUUGUCCAGACUUGACUCAGUAUGAGUGCGAAGGCCACAGACUGCCUCUGGGACUAGCAGGAGCUCACCAGAGAUCCAAUGCUUCAUUAGCACUGCAAAUAUGCCGCAGCUGGCUCCAGCAUCGAGGAUUUUAUGCUGACUUUCCUUCUAUUGAAAAAAUGGAACAACCCACUCAGGCUUUGUUGAAUAGCAGGCCAGCCAUGGCUACUGCUUUCCUGCCCAGUUCUGCAAUGGCAACUGGACUGAGGGAGACGGAAUGGCCAGGUCGAACACAAACUCUUAAACAUGGCCCAAUUACUUACUAUCUGGAUGGGGCACAUACUACAAGAAGCAUCCAAGCCUGUGUUGACUGGUUUAGGGAGACUGCCAUGUUGGAGGAAAAGACCACUGUUGGUUCAGUUGUUCGUGUGCUACUGUUCAAUGCUACAGGUGAGCGAGACUCCCCAGCUCUGCUUAAACUUCUCGUGCCUUGCCAGUUUGACUGUGCUGUGUUUUGCCCUAACAUCACUGAGGCAGUUUCUUCAGCUAGUGCAGACCAGCACAACUAUAACGUGACUGUGGAGAACAUGCUGACACGCUGCUUAGACAACCAGAAGAGUUGGCGUUGGCUCAGUGAGAAGGAAGUAGUUCCGAGAGCAGAGCUACUUUUGCCAGGAGGUCUCCCUUUAAUGACUGGGACUGUGCAUCGAGGAGUCGAAUCCCUAGUUUUUCCAUGCAUACACAGCGCUCUUAGGUGGAUUACUCAGGGUAGAGAUCCAGUUAUAGGUUACUCUGGGAAACCCAGCACUCUGGCCACAAUGCAGCCUGGUGCCAUAGCAGGAGCUCGGACUCUGCAGGAGGCAGCUAAUAUACAAGUACUGGUGACAGGAAGUUUGCACCUUGUUGGUGGUGUUCUAAAACUCCUUGAUCCUGUAUUAUCUCAAUAGUUUUUGUUUUAGGUGCUUUUGUUUGCACUACUAUUUAUUACAAGGUGGCAGCUGGAAAAAAAUAAAGAAAAAACUCAAACCAGGAGAAAAUAAACCUCAGAGGAUGUGUCUACCACAACAUGGAUUUUAGAAACAAGACGAUUGAAAACCUUAUGAAAACAAGUCCAUCUUAAUGUUUGCUACUCUUCCACACCUCUUGCUGCUGUGAAGGACCCCUGAGCCCUUGGAAUUCAUGUAUAUUGUGUAUUUUCAUAUACUGCCGGGGUGUGCACUGCCUGCUCUGUAAUUUUGACUUUUUGGGAAAGUUUGCUUCUACAAGAAGCUACAUUUCAGAUACAUUGCAUAUCACAAUAUCCAGGGUGUCAAGCCUGUGCGGUCCAGCUUUCUGCUGUUGUCCUGAUAAAAGUACUGAAGUUUAUGGAGCAGCAAAUUGUUCAGAAUUCAGCUUUUGAAGUAGGUGUGCUGCAGCUUGGCAUAAUAAAAGUAGCAUACUUUAUAAUGUUUUUUACAGCUAUAGAAUUGUGAAAGUUAUUUAUUACUGUAGCUGGAAAGCCGUCUCUUGGCUGAUUAUUUGCCUAAGACGACUUAUUGCAGCAUUUGAGAUGCCUGCAGGCCUUUUUAUCAUAAAAUAAAUUAAGAAAAACUAUAGAUUUAAUGACGAUGAUACAAUUUAAUUAUUAAUAGGGAAAAUCUAAUUUAGUGCUUAUUUGCCUAUAAUGAAUGUUUUGCAGUGACCUAAUAGUUUUGCCAAAUUUGUCUGAAGUAGUAUUUAUUUUGUUUUUGUAACCUAUUUUAAUCAGCAAAAUCCACAUUAGGAGCCAAGUCUCUUUGAUUGUUAUGUGCUGUAAGCUGAAUUAUUUUUAAAAAGUAUGGAUAAAAUGGAAAGUUUUUUUUUUUUCUUGGAAUGCCUUUGAUACACAUCAGCUGUAGUUUACAGAGCUUUAAUCAAAAAUGUCAGACCCUGAGCUCAGAAAUCAAAAUAUUCUUUUACUCGUUUCUCUUCGUUUUCUCCUGUUUUUCCCGGUUUGCUGAUUUGCUAAUAUCUCUGUGUUUUAAGUGGUUGCCUAGUUAUGGAGUGACAUUCCACCAGCUUUUUUUGUUUCCGAGACCAAUGUGCCAUAACUGUGUGCUGAAGUUAGACUUUACAAAUAGGUUAUAAAAUUACACAGCAACUAAUAA